AUGGCAGUGGUGUGGGUGAGACGCGGUUUUUGGUUGCGGGGGCCUGUCCGGCCCUCCUUGGAACUCAAUUUUGGAAAUGAGGGAAUCCACAGCUCUGUUCCCGGAUUCUCACAGAGCAGGGUUCUGCCCGGGACUCGGAGCUGGAGCCUUGUGCAGGAUUGUCGUGAUCCUUCGAUCCAACAUGCAGGAGGUAUGAUUUGGGAUUGCUUGCAAAACAUGCAGAUGUGGUCGUAA